AGACAUUCUUCGAUCUCGCUGGGUAAGUACACGCAAGAGGCCAUCAGGCGAGUACUAGGCAGCACCGAUGCCUCGCAGGCGGCAUUCAGCAUUGCCGAGGAAAAUGUUCCCUCGAACGACACGCCGGGCGGCGAUUCCAUGCCUACGCCACCAAAAAAGCUCGACCUACUCCUACUAAGUCUCAGAAGCACUCGUGCUCGUCUCGCAGUGCCUCAGCACCCUUGCCCUCGCGUCGAACGAGCAGGGUACAUCCUCCGAUGGAUUCGGAAAGGUGAAGGCGAUUCUCGCAGCCACGCAUUCAGCGAGCGGCGAAGGCCUGGUCGAGAGCCUAGCCGAGACUCUGCGUCUCUUGGACACAUUCCUGCCUCGCAUCACCUUCGGAGUGGUCGUCGAACGCCCGCCGCUGCCGGACACGCGUCCGCCACCCUGCAGACACGACGCAGCAUCCGCAGAAGGGCGCAGAGGGCUUCAGUUACGUGAAAGGCGAUCUAGUGUGGUUGCUCGGUAUCAUCGCGCUGGACGACUAGGGUGUCCAGGACAGGGUCCGCGAGUGUGGAGGUAUCCCCGUGGUGAUGAACCUGCGACAACCGGAAUCCUUACAUGAAGAAACAUGCCAUACUGGCCUUGCGCAAUCUCCUACAUGACAACAAGACCAAUCAGGACGUGGUGAGGGAGAUUCAACCUGUCGCGAAGUGGGACGAGUGGGGGCGUGCUGCAGAGCCUGUCAUAGCGAUAGCAUCGGCACUGUAUGAUGAUCAAUCCUCUUCCUCCUCUCCAUCUCAAUCACUCUCUUCUUC